AUGGCUGCUGUGUCCGCUGCCACUGCUCGUGUCGCCAUGGCUGCUGCUCCCGUGCAAUCGGCAGUGCUUGCAUCGUCUUAUUCUUCUCGAUCAAGCUUUGCGGCAGGCCCUGUUUCCAGGCCGAGCCGUGCUGCUGGAGCGAAGCGCCUACCAGCAGGAAUCAGGUGCCAUGGCGAGGAGAGCGAGGCGGCCGUCGAUGGCCGCGCGUUCCGCCGAGCGUUGAAUAAGAGCGACAACUACAAUCGCAGCGGGUUCGGGUACAAGAAGGAGAUGCUGGAGCGGAUGGAGCAGGAAUACACGAGCGACGUGGUGAAGACUCUGCGCGAGAACAACAACGAGUACACGUGGGGCGACGUCACCGUGAUGCUCGCCGAGUCGCUCGGCUUCUGCUGGGGCGUGGAGCGCGCCGUGCAGAUGGCGUACGAGGCGCGCAAGCAGUUCCCCGACCAGAAGAUCUGGGUGACCAAUGAGAUCAUCCAACAACCCCACCGUCAACGACGUGCGUGCCAUCCGCCUUCCCCUCCGUCCCUUCUCCCCGGGAAUCUCACCGCCAGACGCCACGUGUCAUGCGUGCUCGCCCUCCAUUCCCGCAAUCAUGUUUCUAAAAUGGAGAGCAUGGGGAUGAGUUUCAUCGAGGACGCGCGGAGACGGCAGCAAGGACUUCAGCGUGGUGGCGACGACAACGUGGUGGUGCUGCCGGCGUUCGGCGCGUCGCUGCAGGAGGUCACCAUGUUCCACGACCGCAACGUGCAGAUGGUCGAUACCACCUGCCCCUGGGUCUCCAAGGUGUGGGACACGGUGGACAAGCACAAGCGCGGGCAGUUCACGUCGGUGAUUCACGGCAAGUACGCGCACGAGGAGACGGUCGCCACCGCCUCGUACGCCGGCACCUACAUCGUCGUCAAGGACAUGAAGGAGGCGCACUACGUGUGCGACUACAUCCUGGGCGGCAAGCUGGACGGCUCCAGCGGCACUCGGGAAGAGUUCCUCCAGGCGAGUUGCUCCUGGCUGCCAUCCCUGCUGCAUGUGCCAAUCCUUCAUAAGUUUGCCAAGGCGGUGUCGAAGGGAUUUGACCCGGACACGGACCUGGAUCGCCUGGGCAUUGCCAACCAGACCACCAUGCUCAAGGGCGAGACCGAGAUGAUCGGUCACCGCCCUCCCCCCCUCACCCCCCAUGCCUCACAUGGCUCCCUCCCAACCCUCGCCAUCUCGUCUUACUGCCCUCUCUCGCGCACCCCUCUCCUGCAAUUCAACCCCAGGCAACUCCCAUACCCAUCAUUCCUCUCUCUGCUGCUGUGCUGCCCUCCCCCUCCACGUGCUUCUGACGCGCCUGUGGUUGUGGCCCAUGGGGUGUGGCGUGGGCGAGCAGGCAAGCUGUUGGAGCGCACGAUGAUGAGCAAGUUCGGCGCCACCAACGUCAACUCGCACUUCAUGAGCUUCAACACCAUCUGUGACGCCACCAGGUGCGCCAACACCAUCUGUGACGCCACUCAG